CUGGCUGCAGGAAGGGGUGGUGCCCUGGGGGGCAGGCUCUGACAGGGAUUGUUUCUCUCCCCUUGCCCAGGCCAUCAUGCUGAGCAUCUGCCUGCAGUCCAUGGUGGAUGAGCUGAUGGUGAAGAAGUCUGGAGGCAGCAUCCGCAAGCUGUUCCGCAGGCGAGCGAAUGGGGCCCUGCGGCGCUCUGACAGCCAGCAAGCUGUGAAAUCCCCCCCGCUGCUGGCGGGGGAGCAGCCCCUCUGGCUCUGCUGGCGAACUGGGUGCCAACGACUUCCACGGCAACUACGCUUUCGAGGGCAUCGGGGAUGAGGACCUGUAACCUGCUCACCCUCCCCUGCCACCCCGUGCGGCUCUGGGGAGCAUCUAAUGUGCCUCUGCCUGGUUACCAGCUGCUUGCCCUGCCCCCCGUCUGCCAGCGGGGGGAGCCACCUCCCUGAGGGCAGCCCCCCACCAAAGGAGCCCUUUCCCAGUGGAAGCAAUGCUCCUGUGCGGGGUGAGCCAGGGUGCAUGCAGCCCCCUGUGGCAGGCUUAGCUGGGGAGGUGGAGGCUUGGGGCUGUUCCCAUGGCGACAGACACCUCCCUAGCUUCCCCCAUGCCAAAUGCACAUCCAGA